UCAGAUCCUCAUCCUCCUCUUGUAUCACCACCAUCAAUCCCGUCGGCGAUGGCGCGAGAUUCAGGUGGAGGCGGACCGUCCGACGAGGGCACUGUCCUAAGCUUUGCACCCUACAGCCGCCAUGUCUGCUCCAAACGAAUGGCGGAGGUCGCCGGCAAUGAGCACGGGUCGGCGACGGAUGGUUGUCUGCUGAGACGAAUCGAAGUUUGGCCACCAAUGAAAGCAUUCCUAUAUCACGUAUAUUUUAUUUUGGCCCGAAGCGACUUAAUUCAUCGGCCUUGUUGCCAUUCUUUUCUAUCCAAUGUAACUAAUUUCGCGGCCCAACUCAUUAUUGAUUUUUGGCCCAAAUUGAGAUGUUUUGCCUUAGCCCAAUUAGAAGAUGUUUUAUCUUUGGCCCAUUUCUUGGCCCAAUUCUCCUUUAUUAUGCGAUCAAGUUUGAGUAGAAAAAGAUAUUUUCCUUCUCCUUCUUCGCAUAGACCAAGUCCAAUCAGUCGCCAACGUCCCCUCAUCAAAUCAGCGUGUUCCAUAGCCGAGGUUGAUUCAUCCGUCAGAGUAAGAACCUGCAACCAGCCCCGUCCUCCAUUGACUCCUGCGAGUCCAUCUCCGCGCAGCUCCACCGUCGCCGACCCUCAGCAGUCCAAUUCCCGAGUUGUGCUUCGAACUUCUUUUAUUAAUGUGUCUAUCUUUGCGUUAUGUGACACUGGAGCUACUCAUUCCUUUAUCUCCUCUCGAUGCUUGGGUGCCCUAUCUAUUGAUAAUGUGUGCAACUGUGACCCUCUUGAGGUUAGUCUAGUCUCGGGAAAGAUUAUUAUUUCCGAUUCUAUGAUUUCCAGUCUUCCAGUCAGUAUUGGUGGACGUGUUUUGGAGGCCGAUUGCUAUGUUAUUGAAAUACGGGACUUCGAUGUGAUCUUAGGCAUGGAUUGGCUCACUCGCUAUCGAGCCGAUAUCCGGUGCCAGGAGCGCGAAGUCAGUCUCUUCCCUGUUUCUGAUCAGCCUAUUAUUUUCUAUGGGGUGAAGUCGAGGACUGUGCCUCAAGUCAUCUCUUCGAUGCAAGCUAGGAAGAGCCUUUCUAAGGGUAGCUGUCAGGGCUAUCUGGUUUCUAUAGUAUCCGAGGACGAUUCUGAGAGGUCCCCGGAGAGAGUCUCUAUCGUCUGCGAGUACCUCGAUGUCUUUCCUGAUGAGUUGCCCAGAGGACCGCCCGACUGCCAGGUGGAAUUCACCAUUGAUCUAGUACCAGGAGCCGACCCUGUUUCUAAGGCCCCUUAUCGUAUGGCGCCGAAGGAGCUUCAAGAGCUCAAGACCCAGAUCCAAGAGUUACUCAAUUUUGGUUUCAUUCGUCCGAGUCUUUCGCUGUGGGGAGCGCCCGUCCUAUUCGUGAAGAAGAAAGACGGAUCGAUGCGCAUGUGUAUUGACUAUCGGGAGUUGAAUGCCCUUACAGUCAAGAACAAGUAUCCCCUUCCUCGCAUUGAGGAUCUCUUCGACCAGUUGAGAGGAGCCAGUGUAUUUUCGAAGAUCGACUUGCGUUCUGGCUAUCAUCAGCUGAAGAUCCGGGAGUCGGAUAUUUCUAAGACUGCCUUCCGUACCCGUUAUGGCCACUAUGAGUUCGUAGUCAUGCCGUUCGGACUCAGCAAUGCCCCGGCCGUGUUCAUGGACCUUAUGAAUAGGGUCUUUCAUCCCUUCCUGGACCAGUUUGUUAUCGUGUUCAUCGACGACAUCUUGGUUUAUUCUCGGAGCAUCGACCAGCACAAGGAGCAUCUGAGGAUUGUGCUGGAGACUCUUCGCCGCGAGAAGCUGUAUGCUAAGUUCUUGAAGUGCGAGUUUUGGCUAGAUCGUGUGGCAUUCCUUGGCCACAUUGUGACAGCGAGAGGCAUUGAGGUGGAUCCCAGCAAGAUCGAGGCAUUGAGCAAGUGGGAUACACCAAGAAGUGCCGCUGAUGUUCGUAGUUUCCUGGGGUUAGCGGGAUACUACCGGAGGUUUAUCGAGGGCUUCUCGAAGAUAGCCCAGCCACUAACCAACCUUACGAAGAAGGCCGUGAGGUUCGAUUGGAGUCAGAAGUGUGAGGAGAGUUUCCAGGAGUUGAAGAGGAGACUCACUACCGCGCCCGUUCUAUCUAUUCCCGAUCUUACUUUGGAGUUCACCAUCUAUAGUGACGCUUCAAAGAUGGGUUUGAAAUGUGUUUUUAUGCAGCAAGGGAGGGUCGUAGCCUAUGCGUCGAGGCAGCUGAAGCCUCACGAGCAGAACUACCCCACUCACGAUCUUGAGUUAGCUGCAGUCGUUCAUGCCUUGAAGAUUUGGCGACACUACCUCUAUGGAGGCAAGUGUGAGAUGUUUACCGACCACAAGAGCCUAAAGUACAUUUUCACACAGAAGGAGCUGAAUAUGCGGCAGCGUAGGUGGUUGGAACUGGUCAAGGACUACGAUUGCACGAUUAGCUACCAUCCGGGGAAAGCUAACGUGGUAGCCGAUGCCCUUAGUCGGAGGAGUUAUGGCCAGUUAUCUUGUCUUUUACCGAGCAAGAUGUCCUUCUUCGGGA